AUGCCUCCUCCUUCACCAAUACCCAAAAUUUCGGAUGUUUUUGCAUUAUUAAAAGGUCAUUUCAUUGGCGCUGAGCGACUAGAAGCGUAUACAGAAGCCGCUGAGAGUCUCUUGAAGUAG